CCAAAAUAUAAACUUCCGGUUCUACUUUUACUUUCGUUCUUAGCCGUCAAUUUCGACUUGAAAAACCAUCUAGCAUUAUGACACUUUGAAAGUGAUUAUGAUAGCAUUGAGAUAGAUUUCUAGGCUAAGGCUCUCUAUUUUUUUUAAAUGCAUGUUUAAUAAAAAAAUGUAUUAGAGGUUAGACUAGUAGAAUCUAGACAAUCUAGUCUUCUACUAAGUUUACUAACUUAUAGAUCUAGUUACCCUAGAAGUAGAUAGAUCUAGAAUCUAGAUUAUAAUCACUAGUGUCACUAGUGACUAUAGUUAAUAGUCUAUUUGAAAAUAUAUUUUGUAUAUGUUACAUAAUACAAUGUUCACCGCAUGUAGCAAUAAAUCAUUCUUAUUAUAUAAUUUUAGAUAUAGACUAGAAUAAAAGUAUACAUACCGGUAAUCUAUGCUCUAUUAAAUUCUUUUAUGAGGCCUAUUUGGAGUUUCACCUUUAUUGGCCUUAAGUGUAAGUGGCUUAAGUAGAUCUAAGUGAAUUUAGAAAAGAUAACCAGCUUAAGGGCCAGAAACUAAUCAUAAAAGUUUUAUCACACAAGGGGGAAGAAUAUGUCUGUCGUAAUUAGAAAUUUACAGCGUACAGUAACCUUAAACAUCAAACAACUGUAUCAAAAUACUUUGCUUUUAAAAAAAUUGUGUGGUUAUGAAGAAUUUGAAUUAGGGGUUAUUCUAGUCAGGAAUAAUUCUAUUAGAAAAUUAAACAAAAUAUACAGGGAAUGUGAUGAAGUAACAGAUGUUUUAGCAUUUCCAUAUCAUGAAAUCAAACCAAAUGAACACAUCAGUUAUCUACAUUUGAAAGAUGAAGAGAGAAUGCUAGGGGACAUUGUGUUGGCUUUACCAUACAUAAAAGCAGAGUCACAGAAACAUAAAGAAGACUUGGACAGUGUAUUACUGACAAUGAUUGCUCAUGGUUUGUGUCAUUUGAUAGGAUUUGAUCAUGAAACCAAAGAACAGUGGGAAGAAAUGUAUAAAAAAGAACUUGAUAUACUCAAUAAAUUCAAUAACACAGCUGGAUACAAAUGUUCACCACUUUUAAGUGUUGGGCAUUGAUCAAAAAGUUACACACUAUGAAAAAAUGUACUGUAGAACCAUGUCAUUUGUAGCUUGGUGCUAAAGCGUUGUCGUACUGUUGUAGAGCAUGUUUUGAUGCCACUCUUUCUUUUGUGGACAUAUGGGCAAUGGUGUACCUGGGAGAAAUUUUUAGGUGGGCUUUAGGACUUCAAUAAGCCACUAUUAAUGUGUGUGUUAUUUUGUAAAACAAAUAUGAUAGCUGUAUGGCUUAAAAUUUACACAUUGACUGAAAUUAAAAUACUUCACUUUUUUUUGUGUACUGAGCCUUUUAUAUCCAGUGUAUACUGUGUAUACAUUGGUGUACAUGUAGUAUCCCCAAGGCAUUUACAAGCAAAUAAAAUAUUUAUUAAUCAAGAAUUUGUAACACAAUAAAUAUUUUUAUUCCAAUAUUUUAUGGCUUAUUAUUUUAUCAGAAAAAAAAAGCAAAAAAAAUCCCCAAACUUUUAAAUAAUUUAAAAACUACAACCUUGUUCAUACUAGUCAUAUAAAGACACAUUAGUAUGCUUCCAUUCCUUGGUCAGUGAUUACAAUUUUUGUUAUCUCUUGCAACAAACACCAACACAACAUUUUUUUAAAAAUUCAAAAUAAAUUACUAUAUUUCUAUUUUGACUUAAGUGUUUGAAAAAAAGAACAGAAAAAAAUUGGACUAUCGUACUUUACUGCCAAAAAACCCCACUUCAGCAUAAUUUUUUAAAAAAGGGGCUCUCAUAAAUUAUGAUCUUUUAAAAAAAAAAACAAAA